UCUGAUUGUGUCAAAGCUUUAAUAUUACAUUUUUCAGAAUAUUCCUCCAUGAUGUUGAUUGUUAAUAAUAAACAAUAUUUAAUUUACAGUACAUAGCGAUGGUCAUUUGGCCAAUUUGAUAAUGUUGCUUUGUAAAUCAAACACAGAUCAUGAGUUAGUUACACAUUGUUUUUUAUUAUUUCCCUGUUUGCGACUUUACACUGUAACACAUGAGAGAUGAUGAUGAGCUGAUCAGGAUGUCUGUAGCACUCAGAACAGUAGUAUGAUCAUAAAGUUUAACACUGAAUCCAGCAGUCCAAAACAAUUUUAAAAGGAGAUUUUAUAACAUUUAACUUUAUUAUGUUGUAUAUCUUUGAGACAGAAAAGGAGGGAGCUGUAGCUACCAUCAAAGGAAAGGUUUACAAGUCUUACAGAAAAAUACUCCGGUGCCCCAAGGACGGGGUUUUGUCCCCCAUCACUUACACUUAAAGCACAUUAGGAAGGGAUCUUUUCAUGGCCAGUGUGAACAGGAGGAAUUAUUACAACAAGAAAAACCUGUUUUAAUGUACAUAGACAAACAUGAAAAGAUGUGAACCUAUCCUUUAAGGGUACUAAGGGCAUGUCCUCUAUCAUGUCUGGUAAUCUGUGGGAUGUAACAAUCUUAGGGUGAGUUUACAUUUUACAAUUACACAAAUUUUAUUUGGUGGAUAUUGUUUAACUCAAUAUGUUGAAAUUCUACUUAUUUUUAGGGUGGGGGAAAAUAAACCUGCAUUAACUGAUUUUUUGUUAACUUUUUGUUAACAGUUAACUAGUUGCACAUCCAGCAGACACAGAGCAACAUUAUAAUAUGCAUUCAUUUGUAGUCAUAUUUCUGACCACUUUCCUUUUAGCUUUGUUUUGGUCUCCACUAACUCCCGAGGGAAAUAUCUGGCUCUUUAGCUGCUAAAUGCUCGACUAUGUUCACCAGCUAGUUGCUAACUUUGUCUGUCUGCUGUUUGGUGCUGAGCAGGUGGUGUGCAGAGAGUUUAUCAGAGAUCUUACGUGGAACAAACCUGCCUGUUGCUGCUGGAAAGGAGGCUGGUGAGAGCAGUGAACCAAAACAGUAAAGUGGGCUGCAAAACCAAAACAAUGAGCUGAAAGAUGCUUAAAAAAGGGGGGGGGGACUGCAGUCAGGUCAUCAUUCUCUGUGUUCAUCACUAUGAGCAACACCUUUCACAUAUAAGUAGUCAUGUGAUCCAUUGUUAAUAUAAAAAUAUUGAUGACAUUUAAAUGAAGGGAUUUAGUCUUUCUUUAUGAUAAUAUUACUGGCAGUGGAUACAGCUUUUAAACACCAUUUAGAUCAUGUAGGGAGAUGAAAUUGACAGAAACAGUUAGGCCUAUUUACUGUUUUGAUAAUCAGUUAAACAUUCCUUGGGGGCGUUGUGUUGCAGUGGUGGAAUUUAGACUCAUGACUCUAGUAUUUCUUCAACCUUGGCGAGGAAAUAAUAUUUUACCAUCUACAGGAGGUUAGGAAACCGCUUUUCUGAUAAAAUGGUGAAAUGACUGCUGUCAAAACAACAAUUACCAUUAUUACCACUACUGUUGCUACUGCUACAAGUACUAGCACUAUUCAUUAUCAUAGACAAUAAUAUGAAAGGGGACAUACAAGCAAACAUUGUUGUUUCUCUUCCUCCAAUUGUUUUGCAUGCAAAUAAAGCACACACCUGCGGAUGUUACCUGGGUGUUACUUAAAUUAGCCCCUCCUCUCACUGAAUACUGUAAGUUGAGACAUUUGAAAGUCAGACCACUUUGUUAUUUACUUUGACAGCAGGCAGUACUUUUCCAAGUAAUACAAAUGUAAUAACCUCCUCGGUGCAUCGGUUGUUUUUAGCCUCGGUGGACUACUGUACCUGCAGCACAUGACACAUAAUGGAAAGGGAAAUGAAAGGAAAUACUUCUCAACAUCUUACAUGUAAUAAUGGCAGUGAAAGCAGGAUUGACCCCUAUGGCUUUGAGAGACAUCACGAUUUUGAACCCUACAAGGAGAUGAUGAAUGAAUAUGUAGCUGUCCUCAACAGAAGGUCGAUGAGAUGGUCCAAGCUCCUUCAAGAGAAACCACAUGUGGAGAAGAACUUGACAGUGAAACGGUACGUGCGUAAAGGUGUGCCUAAUGAGCACCGUGCCAGGAUUUGGAUGGCAGCCAGUGGUGCACAGGAACAACUGGAGAGAAACCCGGGUUAUUACCAGUCUCUGCUGGCCAUGGAGCACGACACCAAGCUGAAAGAAACGAUUCAUACAGACAUGCAUAGGACCUUUCCUGACAACGUCCUCUUCCAGAGCAACGCAGAACCAAGCCUGCAGAGGGCUUUGUACAAUGUGCUGCUGGCCUACGGACACCAUAAUGAAGCAGUGGGGUACUGUCAGGGCAUGAACUUCAUUGCAGGCUACCUCAUCCUCAUCACAAAAGAUGAAGAGAACUCAUUCUGGCUCAUGGAUGCAUUGUUGGGCAGGAUACUCCCAGACUACUACAGCCUGGACAUGUUGGGCCUGAAGACUGACCAGGAGGUUCUUGGGGAGCUGGUAAAGGCUAAAGCUCCUGCAAUAGGACAGCUCAUGGCCCAGUAUCCCGGCAUAUGGACUCUGGUGGUGUCACGCUGGUUCAUCUGCCUCUACAUUGACAUACUCCCAAUUGAGACAGUUCUGCGGGUCUGGGAUUGUCUUUUCUACGAGGGCUCCAAGGUUCUUUUCCGUGUUGCUCUGACUCUCAUCAUUCACCACCAGACGGAGAUCCUGAGAGCUCGCUCGCUGAUCAAUGUGUGCGAUUGCUUCAAACAAAUCACCAGUGGAGCUUUCACUCUGGACUGCCACACCUUCAUGCAGAAAAUCUUUACAGAACCUGGGAGUCUGUCUAUGGCAGCUAUUGAUAAACUGAGAGAGAAAUGCAGACAACGAAUACUGGAGGAUAAAUCUGGACCGCUGUAAAGUUAUGGAUCCACCAUUCUCCCCAUUUGACUGGAUUUCUACAACAAACAGCUUUCAUUCAGUAUAAGAAAGUAACACUACUAUCAGGAACAACUAACUAUUACAACAUGGACAUACUGGUGGCUUUUUGGUUGCUUCUGUUAUAAAUUGAUAUUACACUCUAAUCCAGUAGACUGGAUGUGCUGAAGCUGCUCAACUGAUGUUUUUGAACUUUGUCUUCUGCUUAGGGUCCCAUGUUCUGCAGAAUAUUUCUGCUGCUAUAGAUGCUUCAAGAUCAUCACACCUGAUGCUUUGUAAAAAGUAUUUAAAUCUCAUGUUUUUUAUUACUUGUACAAUAGUUGUACAAGUAAUGUAUUACUUUGCUAGAGUAGUAUGGGAGAGAUACAAUUUGUUUUGUUACUGUGGAGAAUAAUAGUUGUGAGAAUGUAAAUAAUAAUAAUAAUCUGUCAGAGUGGGGAAAUAACUGAUUACUGAAAAGGGGAAAUAAUGUCUCUUGAACUGGAACACUGUUCUAACCGUCCAUUUCUCUUUAAGAAGUAAAAUUAAAUGUUUAUAA